AUGGCUUCCGCUCGUCAACCCCCUCAGAUUGUUCUUGGAACACACACGAUCGGUGAUGUCACGGCGCUCCCUGGCAUCAUCCAUAUCGACAAGGUAGAAGAAGUCCAAGCCUUGCUCGAUGUAUUCUACAAUCGCGGUUACAGGACCAUCGACACGGCGCGCAACUAUGUGGGUUCCGAAAACCGUCUCGGUCAGGCCGGGGCCGCCUCUCGAUUCACCAUCCAUACCAAGGUCCUCGACGGCACUCCCGGUUCUCACGAAUCUGCCAAGAUCGAAGCGAGCAUCAAACAGUCGCUCGCCGACCUCCGAACCCCCUCUACCGAAUCCAUGUUCCUGCAUGUUCCCGAUCGUCAGACGCCCUUCGAGGAUGCGGCAGCAGCCAUGAACAAGGCCUUCCAUGAGGGCAAGUUCAAGAAGUUUGGGCUAUCCAACUACACUGCCAAGGAAGUGCAACAGUUCGUCGACAUUUGCGAGGAGAAGGGUUAUGUCAAACCCAGCAUCUACCAGGGCAACUACAAUGCCAUUAUGAGAGGCGGUGAAAAGGAGCUUAUCCCGCUCCUCCGCAAGCACAACAUCUCUUACUUCGCCUACAGGCAAAAUAACCACAGCCCCGGAGCAGGUGGCCUUUUCUCGGGCAGCGCCGGAAACUCGACCGCCUCGACGCGCUGGAGCAACGAUAACCCCGUGGGAAAGCGGGCCCUCGAGUUCUACACCCGCCCCUCCACCGACGACGCAGUGGCCGCUGUGCGCCGAGCCGCGGAGAAGCACGGGGUGAGCGGGCACGCGGCAGCACUGCGAUGGACGACGUACCACUCCCAGUUGGACGGAAAGUAUGGGGACGCCGUCGUCUUUGGUGUCCGCACGAUGCAGCAGCUGGAGCAGUCGCUCGACGCGUUCGAGGCCGGACCUCUUCCAGACGAGCUUGCGGAUGCUAUUACGGCCGUGUACAAAUCGUUUGAGGGCGGCGAGGAACCUACUUUCCACCUUUAG